AUGUAUGGGUACAAAACAUUGAAAGAUGUGAACUCAGCUCGUUUGGCAACGUUCAUGAAGACAUACAAAAUCGAAGAUAAUGAGGCUAUUCUGAAAACAAAAAGCAAUUUCGAAGGGUCAGCUUUACCGCCGUGUAAGUCUGAAUUAUACCAGCAUUUCUUAAGAGCUUUGCACAUUGUGCAGAUGUGGUCUCAUGCUUCGCAGCACAUAACAACUAUAACUAGUCCGAUUGAUUAUGACUGGCAAGAAGAAGAUGGAAAAUAUAUUUCCAAGUGGUUCGAUGGAGAACAGUUGCCUGACCUUCAAGAUAUCACCGAUGAUUUACCAAAAAUCUAA